AAUGUUCCGUCUUUGUUCAGACACCUGCGUGUCGCUGACGUGACGAACGUUGAAUUUAAAAAUUGUUCCGUCCCGCAAGGAAGAUUACGGUACUCGAAACUGCUCGAGGGAAACCGGGCCAGCGUCAGCUACUUCGAGCUGAAUCAGCCCCACGGCUUGCCGGACGGCGUCCUAGCCGGAAAACUGUUCGACGCGAUUGCGCCUUCGAUUGUUGAGCUGCACAUCACUCGUUCUAGCGCCGGGGCCACGCCUAUCGUUUCAUUAGACGCCGAUUUUUUCGGCAAUUUCACUUCGUUGAAAGUUCUGCGACUCGUCUCGAAUGCUCUCACCACUCUACCGCCUUCGUCUUCAACCCUCACGAAGCUGCUGCACUUGGAUCUGUCCAUGAACCGGAUACAAGAGGUGACUUCAUCGAUGUUCACCGGACUCCAAUCCCUGACGAAGCUCACGCUCAGCAAGAACCCGAUCUUGAAUUUCCAAGCGAAACCUUUCGUCUCGUUGAAACGACUGUCGACGCUCGAGCUCAAUGCAAUAAACGUGACCGAGGUGGGCGACGACAUCUUUGACGGGCUGGAAUCCUUGAACUACCUCAAAAUGGAAUGGUGGUUCAAUAUAAGGCGUCUGCCCGAGAACAUUUUCGGCAGGACACCGGCUCUGGUGGUUCUCAUGAUGGGCGAAGCUUUGAACUUGGAGGGAUUACCGGACGGGAUCUUCGCUGGACUCCCGAAUCUCAACACAACGAGUCUUCGGUCGUGCAAUUUAGCGGUGCUCCCGCCGAAACUCUUCGCUGCGACCUCGAAAUCACUGAAAAUCGUGGAUCUGUCUAAUAAUCGACUAAAAGAUUUGCCAUCCGAGCUCUUCUCGGAGAACACGAAAGUUGAAAAACUCACCCUCGCGGGAAAUCAGCUCGAGAAGCUUAGCGACGAGUUCAAGAUGCUCUACGUGCUCAGAGAACUCAAUUUGAUGAACAACAACAUAACUAAAAUAGGCGAGGACGUCUUCGAACAUCAGAUCAAUCUGCAGAUACUGAAUCUCGCCGCAAAUAAGAUCAAGGAAAUCGACGCUAAGGCUCUGUAUCACCUGAAGAGAUUGGAGAGCCUGUACCUUCAAGAUAAUCUUCUCGAAUCCUUCGGCAGUACGAUCCCGACGUUCAGCAACGGGAGCCCGAUUCGGGAGAUCGUUCUGGCUCGGAAUCGUUUGACUUCGUUUCCGAGGAUCCAGUAUCAGAGUCUGCCGAAGUUGGCGAUGAUGGAUCUCGACGGCAACUUGAUCACUUUCUUCGCCGUGCCGCAGUUCAUGAGUCAGUCGACGAAAGUUUUCGUGAGGAAAAAUCGGAUAGAUUUCGUCAGCGUCGACCUGGCUAAGAACUUUCCGAAAAUCGACCCCAAAUACAAUACGGCCGUAGGAGACCACGAGUUCUAUCUCGAUGGGAACCCCUUCAAAUGCGAUUGUAACAUCUAUGGCAUGGUACGCUACAUCCGUAAAGAAAUGAGACGAGAAGUCGCUGAAUUCGUCAAUGCCGACGAGUACAAAUGCGCCGGGAAUGACGAGGCCCUCUUGAAGCUUCGACUGGACAUGCUUUCGUGCAAAUCGACUGAAUCCUGCCCAUCGGGAUGCGAUUGUUCUCUGCUCGCUUUCGACUCAUCGCUGCACGUUUCGUGCAAGAACAUGGGACUGACCAAUGUCCCGGAUCUCCCCGUAAACGUGACGCAUCUCGAUUUCGAUGGGAAUCUCCUCACAAAAUUCCCGGAGGAGCUGAAGACUUACAAAAAACUCCGGGAAAUCGUCCUGGACGACAACAACAUCACGAAUGUCGAUGCUGUAUUCGCGGGCAAAACCCCGCUAUCCCUCGAGACGUUGUCUCUCGCAGGGAACCGGCUGGAAAGGCUCCGGUCCCCAGCAAGGAACACGACUUUCCGAAUAAGUCUCAGUCGGAAUCCGUGGAUCUGUGACUGCUCGGCCGUCGACUUCAAACACUUCAUCCAAUCAAACGUGGCAAAUAUUCCCGAUUUCUCGCAGAUCCAGUGCGGGAAGCCAUUCCUUGUGAACGGGACUAAGAUUUCGUUGAUCAACGAAAUUCGUGACGAGACUUUCUGUCCCCCGGACACGUCGGCGUACCGCGCGACGAUAAUCGCGAUCUCGAUAGCGUUCCUCGUCGCCUUGGUCUUGAUCGCGUUGUACUACAAGAACCGGCAGCUGAUUAUCGCAUACGUGUAUAUCCACUUCUACAACAUUUUCAUCUGUUUCUUUAACGAAGGCGACCUCGACGAGGACAAGAAGUUCGAUGCGUUCAUUUCUUAUUCCACCAACGACCGAGAUAUCGCGAUGGCCAUACUCCGAGAACUGGAGAAACCUCAGGGCGAUGAGAGCGGCGAGAACCUAUUCAAGUUGUGCAUCCAUGAAAGAGAUUGGCUACCGGGCUACAACAUUUCGUGGAACAUCGUCAACUCGGUACAGAACUCGAAGCGGACCAUCCUCAUACUGUCACAGGAUUUCCUAAAAUCGUUGUGGUUCGAAGUAGAGUUCCGCACGGCCUACGUGCAGAUGAUGGAGGAUCGAAUCAAUCGUUUGAUUGUCGUCAUAAAGGACGAACUCCCUCCGAAGGACACCCUGGAUUCUGAUCUCCGCUAUCUUCUCAGCACAAAGACCUAUCUUGAAUGGGGUGAGAAAUGGUUCUGGGAAAAACUGAAGUACGCAAUGCCGCACAACGGUAACCUCAGCGGACCGAUCAAGAAUAAGCUGAAGCCGUCCGAGCUGCAUAAGGUUCUACCGAUGAACGUCAUCCUCAACAAGAACAACAUUCCGAGCAGCGAAACGGUCGUUCGGGUGGAAGAAUCGAUCGAGAGUGCGCGCGAGAAACGCAGCAGUCCCGAUGAUUCGACAUACGGUAGCAUGAGCGAUUCGUUGCGCGAUUCGAACCUCCAGAGCAAUAGAGGAGGUGUCAAAGGCAAUGAAGGGCAUGUGAAUCGAGGCUACGAGCCGGUUAGCACCGAGAACAUCCACGCUAUAAGCUCGCAACCCGACCCACAACCGAAUGAGCCGAAGCCUGUGCCUCGAGCGAGCCGCAAGAAAGAAGCCCCGAAACCGAACGUAGGAAAGUCUACCGAAAGUGCAGACCAAGAGUGUGUCGCUGCCCCCGGCGAGAAAAAACCUCCUCCGGUCAAAGCCGACUACGCGGGUUUCACGCUGAUAUGCAACAUGCGAGAGAGCAUCACCGACCGAAUUUCGCAGUGGGAAAGGAUUGCGAGUGAUCAUACGGAGAUUCAGUCGACUUCCGAAGACAUUUCCAGCCCGCUUGAUUUGAGUGAUCCAGCAAGGUAUGAUGAUAUCAACUUCGGGCCGCAGACCUACGGAUUCGUCAUUGAAUAUCGUCAGUUCAAGAAGAUACAAAUCAUGUCAAUAGAUUGCCGGACAGCGACACCCAACUUGCCGUUCUUGCUGCGGCAUAUUCGAGUCGAGAGGGUCACGACAGUGAGUUAUAGCUCCUGCGAGUUUCCCGGAGGGAAUUUGACGUUCCGGGAGAUUUUCGACGGGAACCGAGUCGCCGUGAGGAAGCUCUCGCUCCUUGACCCCGUGAAUUGCACGAACUGCCUUCUUCAUCGUCCUCUGUUCGACGGCUUUGCCGCGGAAAUCGAUGAGUUCUACGUCAACAGCCAGGACCGAAGCAUCAGAAUGAGCGACGACUUCUUCGAGGACUUCCGGUCGCUACGAAACCUCCAAUUCCGCGGUCGAGCUACGGCGUUGCCUUCAUCGAUCGGGAAGCUUUCCCAGCUCUCGCGUCUCGACAUCUCAAGCAACUGCAUGAGAGAAGUUCCGUCGAAUAUCUUCACGGGUCUCACCUCAUUGACAACCUUGAGCAUCAUGUCGUUCCCGGCUGAGAAGUUUUCCCCCCGUCCCUUCGCCCGACUCAAGAAGCUCGAGCAACUCAAGCUGGGUGGGAUGCGGAUCGAAGACUUAGCCGACGAUAUAUUUUACGGACUCGACAGGCUCUCACGGCUCGAAAUCAGCGACUGGAAUCUCCGGAGUCUCCCUGCGACUGUGUUUGCGAACACUCCCAAACUGAAAUGGAUUGAGUUCGCCUUCCUGCCUGAUCUCAAAACCCUUCCAGAAGGUCUUUUCCGGAGCCUCGAGCGAUUGGGAACGAUCUUGAUAAGUGACUGCGGUAUCGAAAAGCUGCCCAUCAACCUGCUGCCCGUAACUGGACUGCAGAUCCUGAGCAUCACGAGAACUCAUCUUCGAGAUAUUAAAGCCGGGUUCUUCCCGUUAGGUUUCGAACUUCAAGCCCUUACAUUGGCAGACAAUGAGCUACAAAAUGUUGAAUCCGCUCUGAAAAAUCUUCGCGGCUUGAUAGCCCUAAGCCUUACGGGGAACAGGUUGACGAGAAUCUCAGCAAACUUCUUCGACAACCUGUUCGAUCUGAUGUCCGUGGAUCUCAGCUAUAAUCACAUAUCGAGUGUCGAUCUCCAGGCUUUCAUUAGACUCGGCGAUCUACAAGGGCUCUAUCUGAAUAAUAAUUUUAUUCGGCGUCUCGAGGCGAUGGAGCCAGUUUUUCCGGAGUUCAGCCAACUCCGAGAGAUCAACCUAUCGAGCAACUUACUCACUACAGCCCCAAGACUGCAGCUCGAGAUUCUGCAAAAUCUCAACGAGCUGAACUUGGCUAACAAUUCAAUCACGUCUUACGAGCUGCCGACUUUCAUGAGCAGACGAACACAGGUGAAUCUCGAAGGAAAUAAGAUUGGACUCAUCUCGAUGAAAAACAUCGCGAAGCACUUUCCCAAUCAAAUCGGAACGCACGAGUAUAGAAUCGCCGACAACCCGAUCAAGUGCACCGGCGAGAAUUUCGAAUUCCUCAGCUAUAUCAAAUUCGCCAACGAGAAACGGAAAGACCGUUUCACAGACGUCCCAAGCUGCUUCUGCGCGGGGUCGAACGAAAGUGUACUCGACGUUCGCCUGGAGGAACUCUUCAUCGACUACCAAGAUUGUCCGGAGGUCUGCAAAUGUUACUUCUUCCCUCUAGACGGUUCUAUCAAAGCUGAUUGCGGCAACCGAGGCCUGACAGAAAUCCCGAGACUUCCGUCAAAUCUGACUCAUCUGGCUUUCAAUGACAACGCGCUGGUGACCUUUCCCGAGGAACUAUCGAAAUAUCGAGCCCUCAAGGUGGUCAACCUAGACGGUAACCGGAUCCGAUCCAUCGAAUUCAUGCUCAGAUACGCUCCUAAAGGCCUCGAAAUGCUCUCCUUGCGGCGGAAUGAUCUACGCAGAUGGCAGCCCGACCGCGAGAAGCUUCUGGAUUUCAACUUGGACCUCUCUGAAAAUCCGUGGAUUUGCGACUGCGCGACGAAGAACUUCAAGGAUUUCCUGCUGGAAAACUUCAAACGGAUCGAGAACUACCGAGAGAUCAGAUGCGAGAAACCUAUAAAGGUCAACGGGGAGCCCGAGUUCAUCCUGAGCAAAAUUCUUCCACGAGAUCUCUGCCCUGUUGAAAAAACGACCUUCAUUAUUCUCGGUCUAGCUUCCGGCCUCGUGCUCUGCACCUGCUUCACGUUACUCGCGCUAUACUACAAACAUAGGAAUUUGGUCGUCGCUUUCACCUACAUUCACUUCCACAAAGUGUUCGUCUGCUUCUUCAACGAAGAAGAUCUCGACGAAGAUAAAAAUUUCGAUGCCUUCCUCUCCUUCUCCGCGAAGGACCGGGAUGUCGCAAUGGAAAUCUUCCAACGCCUCGAGCUCGAUGCGGCAGACAACGAGACUAUUGCUGAGCCCUUCAAAUUGUGCAUUCACGAGCGGGACUUCAUGCCUGGUCAGACGAUCACGUGGAAUAUCCUCCACGCGGUAAGGAGUUCUCGACGGACCAUUCUGAUACUCUCUAAGGAGUUCCUCGAGUCCACGUGGUUUAAAAUCGAGUUCCAAGCCACCCACGAUCAAAUGCUCGAUGACCACAUCGACCGUCUCAUAGUCGUCAUCAAGGGGCAGCUCCCACCCUUCGAGAGUCUGCAUGAAAAUCUCCGGGCCGUCCUGAAAACUAAGACCUAUCUUGUUUGGGGAGAGCGAUGGUUCUGGAAGAAAUUAUUGUUUGCUAUGCCGCACAAGAAUCGCCGGACCGGGAGGAACAGGGCGGGAGUACCCUCACCAGCGCUUGUCGGGAGCAACGAGAGCGUGGCGUCGGAUACCCCUGUCUGA